AUGGAUUCAGAAGAAUUCAUUCCUUCACGAAGAAAUGUAGACGAUUUUGAGAUUGUUUUCCUCUCCAUCAUGACGGCCGUUGCCGUUGUUUUGAAUUUCAUGUUGUUAACACAAAUCCUCACAACAUCAAGACAGCCUACAGUGCGUACAAGCUUCUCUACUGGACCAUAUCAAUUGAACUCGUUUACGCUGUUCAAAUUGAAUCUAUGUAUCAGCGAUUUUUUCAUUCUAUGCUUCUACUCAUUAGGAAAGAUAAUUUGGCUCAUUACUUAUCAGUGGAGAUUGGGUGAUGUUGGAUGUCGAAUGUACCAAUUCUUCUCAGCCUUUGGCUUCUAUGCACAUUCAAAUAUUAUUGUAGCCAUUGCCUUAGAUCGUUUGAAAGUUGUUUACACAAGGCAUUUACAAGGAGCAACAUCAGUACGACGUGUACGCAUGAUGCUUUUCUGUUCAUGGGCAUUAGCCGCUCUAUGUAGCAUUCCACAAGCAAUUCUUUGGACAAAUGUUGAAAUUAGGGAUGGCUGGCAUCAAUGUGUUAAUCUCCUAUCUGAGUAUGAGAAUAACACAGAGAUUGGCAAUCGUAAACUGCUUGCCAUCACUUAUGAGGCAUUUCAUCAAGCAAACGUCUUCUGGAUACCAGUACUCAUAAUAGGCAUAUGUUAUAUGCUAAUUAUAUUCAAAUUGAUACAUUACUCUAUAAGGACAAAAGAAGCUGUACGGGUAGUACGUUCAAAUGAGUUUGAUCAUCGUGAAAAUUCAUCUUCUCAAGAAGUCAUGCUGUCUCCAUCAAAACAAAUGAAAAAGAAGAAUAAAUGGCCUAUCAUCCAUUCAAUUGCUACUUCCUCAUCUGAUUUUGGAGAUUUUAAAAAGUCCAACACAUGCAUUCAUAGUCAAGGUCUCCAAAGAUGUCGCAGUCUUCCUGCAUGGCGACGACAACUACGUUCACGAGUCUUUCGAAGUGCCAUGGCUGUUAUAGCUGCUCAUAUAGCAUUAUGGCUGCCGUACAAUGCUCUAGCAACUUUAAGAUUUAUCGAUGAGCAUGCCUUAUCUUCAAUGUCCGAUUAUGGAGGCAAUUUCUUGGAAGACUUGAUUGUUGUAAAUUCAGUUUUAAAUCCAAUACUAUAUGGAUUUGAAUUGCGAAAAGCGCGUUGA